GUGAACAAGAAUUUUGCAAUUGAUUUGAUAGCAGAGCAGCCUGUGAGCGAAGUUGAAAGCAGAGUGAUAUCAUGUGAUGGUGGUGGUGGAGCUUUGGGACAUCCUAAAGUAUACAUAAACUUGGACAAAGAUACGAAGACAGGAACAUGUGGCUACUGUGGACUUCAGUUUAAGCAGAAACAUCACUGA